UGUGUGUGUGUGUGUGUGUGUGUGUGUCUGUGUGUGUGUGUGUGUGUGGAGGACAGUGAUGAAAAUGUGUUCUAUCUCUACCCUGACUCCAGUCCUGUUGUUGACCUGUGUAGUCAUGGCAGCUGGCACAGGAAGAGGGGAAACCUGAGGCUGGUGAUAUCACCUGCUGAUGGGAUGGUCUACCUGCACCAGGUGUGAGGGCACGGAGCGGCGUGUGCCAGUGCAGGUGGGCACCAGUCUCAGGUGAGCUCCUCUCUCUCUCCCUCCUGCGUGCCAUGGCUCGCUUCGGAUGCUGGUGCUGGGUGCUUCUUGAGCUCACCGUACUAAGAUGUGAAGGAGUCAAGAAGGAGCGUGGCGUCCGGAUCGUCGGGGGUUACCCACCGUCACCAAACUCCAUCAAGUACAUGGUUUCUCUGCAGAGCACCAAGAGACAGCACUUCUGCGGGGGGUCGCUGGUGCACACGCGCUGGGUCCUCACCGCCGCACACUGCAAUAUCGGGGCGGAGAACAUGAUGGUGGUGGCGGGAGAGCACUUCCUGGGCUCCACGGAGGGGACGGAGCAGUACUUCAAACCCCGUCGCCUCGUCCCACACCCGUCCUACGACCAGCUCACCAAACACGCCGACAUCAUGCUCAUCAAGCUGGGAAAGCCUGCGGUGCUGAACAGUUUUGUGUCCCUCGUCCCGUUGCCUCGUCAGGACGAGGGGGUGUUGGAGGGGCGUCUGUGUCAAGUGUCAGGGUGGGGGUACACCACCUACAAGGGCGGCCAUCUUGCCUCCACCCUUCACAGCGUCACCCUGCCUGUCAUCUCCGUGGCCAGGUGCAACAGCAGCCAGUCCUUCAACGGCAACAUCACCAGCACCAUGAUGUGUGCCGGACACAGCACCGGGGGCAGAGACGCCUGCGAGGGUGAUUCUGGCGGCCCACUGGUGUGUGAGGGGCGGGUCUACGGCGUAGUCUCCUGGGGCAACGGCUGCGGCGACGCCAAGUUUCCAGGCGUGUACACAUCUGUGGCAAAGUUCCGGCGAUGGAUUGACCGGACCAUCUACAGUUCAUUCUCGCGUUGCUUUAAGUAUUAAUUUGCAAACAGUUUCCAUCU